AUGAGUUGUUGGUUGCUGCUGAAGAGAAACGGGGAGAGUCCUGACACCUCCCUGGCCGCCUUCUUUCAUUCAGGAGACCGCGCGCCGCCACGGAAGCUCACGGGGAAGAUAAUACCACAGCCCUGCCUGGCAGAUAACCUUGGAAGAGACCUUGAAGCAGAAGAUAACAGCUCAACCAUACUCAGAUUCCUUGCAUUUAGAAAUGGCCUGGGCUCUAAGCCCCUUAUUGAAAUGAAGGGCCACGAGGAUGAGGGCAUUCGGCUGGAAUGUACAUCUGCAGGGUGGUACCCAGAGCCCCGAGCAGUGUGGAGAGACCCAUAUGGUAAGGUCAUGCCUGCCCUGGAGGAAUCUUAUACUACUGACAGAGCUGGCCUCUACAUGGUCACCAUGGCUGUGAUCAUCAGAGACUGCUCUGUGAGGAACAUGACCUGCUCCAUCAACAACACUCUGCUUGGCCAGGAGAUUCAAAGUAUGAUUUUCAUUCCAGAAUCCUUUGUACCCAGUAUAUCUCCCUGGAUGGUGACCUUGGCUGUUAUCCUACCUAUUGUGAUCUUCCUUGUGUCUGGGAGCAUCUGUCUCAUCAAAAAACUUCACAGGGAAAAAGAGAUUCUGUCAGCAGAAAAAGAGGUUGAAUAUGAAGAAAGAGAAAUUACACAGCAACUUCAAGAAGAACUGGGAUGGAGAAGAACCCUCUUACAUGCUGCCGAUGUAGUCCUGGAUCCAGAUACAGCUCAUCCUGAGCUUUUCCUGUCAGAGGAUCGGAGAAGUGUAAGACGGGGCCCUUUCCGGCAGAGUGUGCCUGACAACCCAGAGAGAUUUGACUGCAGGCCUUGCGUCCUGGGCAAGGAGCGCUUCUCCUCAGGGAGACAGUACUGGGAGGUGGAAGUUGAAAAUGUAAUGGUGUGGGCUGUCGGAGUUUGUAGAGACAGUGUGGAGAGGAAAGGGGAGGCCCUGCUGUACCCUCAGAAUGGCUUCUGGACCCUGGAGAUGUUUGGAAACCAGUACCGGGCUCUGUCUUCCCCUGAGAAGAUCCUCCCUCUGAAAGAGCGCUUGUGCCGUGUGGCCAUCUUCCUGGACUAUGAAGCUGGAGAUGUUUCCUUCUACAACAUGAGAGACAGAUCACACAUCUACUCAUGUCCCCGUUCAGUCUUUUCUGGGCCUCUGAGACCGGUUUUCAGGCUGGGUUCUGAUGACAGUCCCCUUUUCAUCUGUCCAGCAUUCACAGGGGCCCAGGGAGUCACAGUGCCUGAGGGUGGCCUGAUCUUACACAAGGCAGGGACCUAUCACCACACACAGAAGCAGUUUCUUGGUCUCAGACCCAUGUAGAGAAGC